AUGAAGUCCGCAUCUUUCGCUGCUGCCUUGCUGGCCUCGGUUGCCGUUGCUCAACCCCACGGCCACAACCGCCACCACCAUGCGAAGCGUGACCUAGUCACUGAAUGGGACACUGUCUGGGAGACGGCGACCGUCAUCGUUGAUGGGACCGAGACCGAGACCAUCCCGGCUGCCAAGCCCACCACUUCUGACUCCCCUGGCCAGUUCCUCGAGACCUCCAGCAGCGCACCGGCAGCUGAACCUACGGUCCAGUCUGUCGUUGACACUCCCACCUAUGUGGCCGCACCCUCGUCGUCGUCAUCCACCACUUCCACUUCCACCAGCACACCAGUGGUUGAGCCCACCACCCCGACUGCUGCGGCUCCCACUACACCCACCACCACUGAGACUCCCACUACCCAGGCUGCUCCCACCACCACUGAGACUCCUACCCAGGCUGCUCCCAUCACCACUGAGACUCCCACUACCCAGGCUGCUCCCACCACUGAGGCUGCUCCCACCACCUACCCCACGGUAGAGGCUCCCUCAUCCACCACCACAGCCGCUGGAUCCACCUCCACCCUUGCCGGCGCUGAUAAAAUUCAAUAUGAUGUGAAGACCCCUUCUGAAAUCACAUACUACACGGUUGGACCUGGUGCUUGCGGUUAUGAUGACUCGGGCAAGGACAGCUCGGAGAAUAUCGUGGCCAUCCCCCACGCCUUCUGGGACAGCAUCAGCAUGGCGACGAGUCUUGGUGUUGAUGAGCCUGCGCACCCGCUCUGUAACAAGGUCAUUUCCAUCCAGUCCAAAACGGGGACUACUACAGGCACCAUCCGUGACCGGUGCGGCGGCUGUGAGAACAUGGCCAUCGACGUUACCUCCCAUGCUUUCAUAGACCUCUUUGGCUCUACGACAUCUGGUCGCAAUGAUGUCACCUGGUGGAUCAACGAGUAG